AUGACAACCGCCGUGCCUGUGGCCGUGUACGGCCGCGAGCCCAGUAUUCACAUCGCUGUCAACAGAGGCCUGCUCCCGGAUUAUGAUGUCGUUAACUCCUGCACCGACCUGUCUUCUGCCAAGGCCGAGCUUCCGGGUCUUUGCGCCGGUGACGUUGGCAUCGCCCCGUCCUCGGGAAUCGGGAGUAACGGGAACCUCGCUGCAUCUGAGAGGAAGAUUCCCAGGUUCGUGUUGAUCGGCUCCGGCAUUCCGGAUCCCGACGUUGAGCAGGUGACGCCGGCCAUCAUGGAGGCUGCUCCGGCUGUGCGCAUCAUCAGGGUUUCUAAGGAGGACAUGCGCUUGGCAGGCGCGGUUGGGCCCGACGUGGAGAAAAUAGUGAAAGUUUUCAGGGAGAAGCUCGAUAAAGAGCGCUGA